UAACUUUCUUAAAUAUAUGCGAAACUUGGUUUGGCAUAGAAGCACGGAGGCCAAAGCAUUAAAGCAAUCCCUCUCUCUAAAUUACCCAGAUUUCUCAUCUUAAAGGUUCGAUCUUUUGUUGACGACUAUCUCUCCUGCAUCGCGAAGCUAUUCAGCUAUGGCGUCUGGAUCGUCGGGUCGCGGUAACUCCGCCUCCAAAGGGUUUGAUUUUGCGUCUGAUGACAUCCUCUGUUCAUACGAGGACUAUGGCGCCCACGAUUCUUCUAAUUCCAAUCACAGUGAUCCGGUCAUUAGCGCCAAUUCUACCAAGCCGGAUUUCCACAAAACAAGGAUGACAAGGACAUCAAUGUUUCCUUCUACUGCCUAUAGCACACCAGAGGAUUCUUUAAGUCAAGAUGUGAUUGCCACAGUAGAGAAGAGCAUGAAAAAAUACGCUGACAAUCUCAUGCGGUUUCUUGAGGGAAUUAGUUCAAGGCUAUCACAGUUGGAGUUAUAUUGCUACAAUCUUGACAAAUCAAUUGGAGAAAUGCGAACUGAUUUAAAUCGUAGCAAUGGAGAGGCAGAGACCAAGCUUAAAUGUCUUGACAAACACCUUCAAGAAGUCCACAGGUCUGUACAAAUUUUAAGAGACAAGCAAGAGCUGGCUGACACUCAGAAAGAACUAGCCAAACUUCAACUUGUUCAGAAAGAAUCAUCGUCCUCAAGCCAUACACAGUCCAACGAGGAGAGAUCUUCCCCUUCUGCCACAGAUCCUAAGAAAACUGAUAAUGCAUCUGACACUCACAAUCAGCAGUUAGCUCUUGCCCUACCCCAUCAAGUUGCUCCCCAGCCGCAGCCUAUGGCACCCCACUCUCAAGCUCCAGCACCAAAUGUUACCCAAGCUACACAGCAACCUCCAUAUUACAUGACCCCCCCGGUACCCAAUCCACAAGCUGUUGCUCAGCUUCCCCAAAACCAGUAUUUGCCUUCUGAUCCACAGUAUCGGUCGAGCCAACUACCUUCUCAAGUAACUCAGACCCCACCUGUUCCACAGUAUCCUCCUCAGUAUCAGCAACCACCACCUCCAGCUCCACAACCACAGCAGCAGCAGCAGCAGCAAUGGCCUCAGCAGUUGCCUCAGCAGGUGCAGCCUCCGCAGGCCCCCUCCAUGCAACCUCAAAUGAGGCCACCCUCUUCAGUUUAUCCUUCUUACCCUCCGAGCCAAGCUACGAAUCAAUCUCCCCCAGAAACACUGCCCAACAGCAUGCCAAUGCAAAUGUCCUAUUCAGGGAUUCCACCACCUGGAUCUAGCCGUGCUGACAGCAUGCCCUAUGGAUAUGGUGGUGGUAGAACUGUCCCACAGCAACCUCCUCCCCAGCAAAUGAAGGGCUCAUUCCCAGCACCACCAGGCGACGCAUAUGGAAGCACUGGGACCCACCCUGCACUUCCUCCUGCUACUGGAUACAUGAUGUAUGAUGGCGAGGGAGGAAGAACACAUCCAUCCCCACCUCCUCAUUAUGCUCAAUCUGGUUAUCCUCCAGCAAGUGCUUCCCUUCAGAACCCCACUGGUCACAAUCUCAUGGUCCGGAGUCCUAGCCCAUCACAAUUCGUUCGCAACCAUCCCUACAAUGAACUGAUAGAGAAACUGGUGAGCAUGGGAUUUAGAGGCGAUCAUGUGGCAAGCGUGAUUCAGAGGAUGGAGGAGACCGGGCAGCCUAUAGAUUUUAACUCAGUGCUUGACCGGUUGAACCUUCAUGGCUCUGUUGUACCUCAGAGAGGAUGGUCAGGAUGAAGCUGUUUGUAUUCUGGGACGCCCCGCUUGAACGAUGCUUAGAUGUUGGGGAGGGUGUUCUUGUCAAAUCUCAGAGACUAUAACCAUUGCGCUUUUUAUUAUGCAUGGAAUAAAAAUUUGUGUAAUGUCUAUCGUAUGUAAAAUGUAUGAGGAUUAUAUAUGCCUGGGGCCUUCUUUACUUGUUAUCGAUCAUUAACAGUCAAAUAUCUGGCUGCCAUCUAUAUCGAUGCAGAUUUGGAUUGGAUUCAACGAGAGGUGGUUUUAGUGAGAGGCGAUAAGAGUUUAUCAUUCAUCCAUUUCAAGCUCACAGAUAAUCAUAGUCAUUUGUUCUUUUAUUCUGUUGAGUGUUUAGCAAGUUUAAGGAAA